GGCGCGCAGGAUGCGCGGGGCGUUCGCGGGGCUCUGCCUGGCGCUGGUGGCGGCGGAGCGCGGGGCGCGGCUCUGCUCCAUCAUACGCUACCUUCUGCAUGGGCAGCUGGGCUGGCUGGGAGUGACGGUGGGUUGUGUGGUUCCUGGCUAUGCAGCUCAGCUCCUCAGCAUCCUCUGGUUCAGGGCGGAUGGCCACCCACUUGGCUGCUGGCUUCUGGUGCUACACCUCCUGCAACUGGGCCUCUGGAAGCGGUACUGGGAUGUUUUCCAGAUGGCAGCAAAGCCAGGAGUCUGUGCCCAUGCCAGGGAGGUGCUGAUACAGUAUGGGGACGUGUGUGUGCUGCGGCUUCUGGAGGCCCUGCUGCAGACCCUGCCUUACCUCCUACUGCAGGCCUACGUUAUUGUGGCAGUUGACCCAGCAGGUGUCAUCCCCGGUGUCAGCGCAGGGUUGUCCCUGCUCUCCCUCUCCUGGGCUUUGGUCUCCUACAGCCACUUCAGCUGCCUGCUGAAACCCGGCCACCUCUGCCUGCCAGCCCCAGCCAUCCUCUGCCUUCUGAUCUGGAGGACGGGGAUGCUGGGGACCAGGAUCCUGGCCCUGGUGCUCUUUGCCAGGCUGUAUUCCUUUUGGGUUUUGGCUGUGGCAGGUGUCCACUGGUUGCUCAUGUCCUUCUGGUUGGUGGCCCAGCAGACAGACAUCAUGGCCCAUCCCUGCCACUGGAGGCUGUUCAAUGUCCUGGUGGGAGCUGUGUACAUCUUCUGCUACAUAAAUGUCCAGCCCAAUCCCUCCAAGCACAGGGUGACCGUAUUUUGUACAAUAAUGCUGAUGGAAAACACUGUCCUGCUGCUCUUGGGCACACCGUUCCUGCAGGCAGAGCUAAGGAACAGCCUCUGUGUGACCGGGGCAGUCAUCUCUGGGUCUGUAAUAGGUGCUGCAGCUCUUGUGGUUUAUUACUCUCUGCUCCAUCCCAAGUCCACAGAGAUCUGCCAGGGCUUCCGGGAGACAACCUGCAGUGCUGCAUCUGCUGGUGAUGACAAGGUUGCUGGAGAUAGCUCCCAAACCAGACAGAGUCUGGGGAUUUCAGGAGACAGAGAGUCCUCAGCAGGGGAAGUGACCAUUGCAGAUCCCAAAAGUAGGAACAGCUCAUCGCUCCUGCAAUUCAGAGUGUGUUUGGAGAACAGCUGGAUGAACCAUCACCACUGGCUGCUGGUAAAGCUGGCCUUGAAGACAGGGGAUAUGUCCGCUAUCAGUGCAGCUUUUGGAGAUAGUGGUGUGGGAGAGGCUUACCUCAGAGGAUGGCUGGUGAGCAAACCUGGGGCAAACCUUUCCCUCCCCGUGAGGGAACUUGAUCCUCGAGGUGUCCAAUCUGUUCUGACUGGUGUGAAAUUGCUGUCGGAGGGGAAGGAAGGAAGCGACAAACCCAGCACUAGCCCUGCAGGAAGGGCAAGGGAGGAUGGAGCAGGACAGGAUCCUGCUUUUCCCCCAGCCAAAUCCUUUCCCAGCAGCUUCUCCCCGGAUCUGGCUGAAGGCUCCUCCAUAUAUUUCAGCGCAAGUGCGGGAGGCAUCACAGGGACAGCCAUGGCUACAGGCACAGCCCUAGGACAAAGGGACAGCAAAGACCAGCCUCCUGCAGGCUGCCUGGGCGGAGGAGGAGGAGGAAUGGAUUUAUCCCUUGGGAUGGCGAGCAUCAGCCCAAUCCUGGGCACUUGUGCCCACAAGCACCUGUGGAUCAGCUCUUCCCAUGGCAGCACAGGCGGCUGUGGAGUGAGGGGUCCCCCCAAAGAGUGUGUGGAGCCCACAGGGAUGGAGGGGACCUUCGUGGGGUGGCAUCACCUUCAAGAUACCCGUCCUUAUGGCAUGAAGGGGACUGGUGUGAGGAGCAAGCUGAGGCCACCAUGCUUUACCUCCACCCCUAAAGCCAAUGCCAGGUCCCUACAGCAAGGACUAGAGGGGCUGGGAGAGGGGACAGACCUGUCUGAGCCGAUGGACUGACCCUGGAAAUUGCUGCACUGUCUGCUCGGAUCAGCACUGGGGUGACAGCCUCAGUGAUACAGGGCAUGGCAGGAGGUGGUGGGAUGUUAAUGCCACAAGGACUGUCCCUAUGGUGCCCCUGCAACCAGGCAGAUGUGGUCCUCCACCGCUAGGACAUCACUUUCACUCCCACUGCAUCUUGUACUUGGCAGUUUUGGAGAGCUUCAAAGGCUCCCUGUUCCACAGCCACCAGAGGGAGAUGCUGCUCAAGGCCAUGGUCACGGCCACCUCUUUCCAGGUGCUCUGAGUCCGCUCAGCACUGGGUUAUGGGAGAAGAGGGAUGUGGAGGACUGAAGCUGCUGUGGCAUUGCAGAUGGAAGCAGAAUGGGGGCUCUGGAAUACUGGAGGUGGACAACAAGGUGCACAGCAAGUACUUGGAGGAAUGUGACCAUGGUCACGGGAGGCUCCUUCUACCUCCUCAGGGACGCCCAGGCCAUGGGGAAAGUUUGUGAGUCCCUGACCUGAGAAGAGUAAUAUCCAUCUGCAAAUAUCCCAUAGUGACUUCAGGUCCGAUGGUGGAUGUGUAAUGGGAGCUGCCACUGACUGUGCUGGAUGUGGCAUGGGAACCUGCUACUUUGGUAGAACCACCCCCAACUGUCACCACCACAGUACUGAGUCCUGAUCUUCAGUGACAUAUCCACAGAGCAGUGUACAUGCACCAAAGUGGGUCACAUGGUCACUCCCCAUUGUGGUCUGUCUUCAUAGCCAUGGGUGGCUACCCAUGGAGCACAGACACAUCCCACAAAGCCCAUGUUCUCCAUGGAGCAACGUGUCCCUGGGCCAGGACAUGAAGGUGCAAGAGAAACAGUAGUGGGGAAAAAAGUGUGGCAGAGGGAUGCCAAAGCCCAGGGGAACAGGCUGGUGUUUCCUCCCUGCAUCCCAAAUGUUUGAGGACACCCAGCCAAACCCUCUGCUACUUCUUUAGUAUUUCCCAUGUAGCUCAUUUCAGAUGAGAUACGAUAUCCUCAGCUAGACUUUAGGACCUGUCCAGAUUUAGGAGAUGCUCAUCACUAAUAUUUGGGCUUCAGCUACCCGCAGAAUCAUAGAAUCAUAGAAUUAUUUGGUUGGACAAGGCCAAACUUGUACUCAUUUGUUAUGUGGGAGAAGAGCCCAGCCCCCAACUCAGUACAACCUCCUGUCAGUGAUCAUGUCUACCCUCAACCUUCUCCAGACUAAACACCCCCAGGUCCCUCAGCCGCUCCUGGGAGGUCUGGACAAGGGGAUAUCUCCAUCCUACUAUACUCGGACAGAUUGUCCUGUGCUCUAGCCUUCUCUGGAGUAGAAAAUUUCUGCUAAAUUGCCUCCCAUUGAUGGUAAAUUUUGACAAUGCAGGGAGUGACUUGUAGGCUUGAGGAGAACUGGCUGUGCCACUCAGCAGUGAUCUGGAAAAUGGAGUGAAUAGGCAGGAACAGAGGCUAUAUCCCUAAUAAAUUAAACAACACCCAGCUUGGGGACAUGGCUAUCCAGCUCGCUGGCACCAUCUCCUUGGUUUGUUGUGUACAGUGGGUCACUGUCAAGGUAAAAUAAAGGGGAUUGGAAAGGUACUGACAGGGCACGUGGGUUGGCAGCAGUCCUGCCCUUUUAGGAUAAUAGAAUAAUUUUGGUUGGAAAAGAUCCUUGAGAUCAUCAGGCCCAACCCCUCCGCUCACAGUGCUAAGGCCACCACUAACCCUUGUCCCUCAGCACCUCAGCUACACGGCUUUGCAAUAGCUCCAGGGAUGGGGACUCCACCAGCUUCUUGGGCAGCCUGGGACAGGGGCUGACAACCCUCUCAGGGAAAAAGUUCUUCCUCAGCUCCAAUCUAAACCUUCCCUGAGGCAACCUGAGGCCAUUUCCUCUUGUCCUGUUACUUGGGAGCAGAGACCAAGCCCCAUCUCACUACAGAGGGGGAUCUCACCUCUCAGCAGCACCAUUUUCCACCCUCUCUCUGUAGCCCAGUUCCUGAGCUCUGCCCGUGGGCACCAGGUUUCAGGGUCAGUUUUACUUGACACAUGGUGAAAAAUGUUCCCUUUGGCAGAAAGAUUUUGUAAAACGUGCUCUGAACUAUUUACCCAGAAAAGCAUCUUUUCACUUCCAAAAAUAUUAAAUCACAAUACUUGGAUGUUACAGAAAAUAUAAGUAUUUGCCAUGGCGCUGUUUUUGUUAUUUGCCUGUUUUUUUUUCCAAGCUGAAACUUCGGGCACUUUUUGUCCCCCUCCCUUAAUAAAACAGUUUUGG